AUGGUCGCGGUCGCGGACGUGACUGCAGCUGCCGUCGCCACUUCCACGACUGCGGUGCGACUAUCUCAUCACAGGGCAAGCCGGCCCGGACGUAAAAAGGGAAGGGCGGGAGGUGGAGGCGGUCGCGUGAUAACGGAAGGCGGGCAGCAGCGCCGCCGCACCGCCCAAUCCGGUGCGGCCGCCUGGGAAUGGAGGCGGGACCAGGCCCUCAACCUGGCUUCCCAUUCACUUCUUGCUCGGGCCCCGCCCCCCAAGGUCUCCUGCACUGCGGACCCGCCCCCGCCAACCGGCGGAUCGCGGGCGCUUCCGUCUUCAAGCUCAGCCCUGGCUAGCUCCUCCUGCUUUUCGCUUUCACAACAUUCCCCGGAGGCCUCGCCUCCUCAGCCUCCCUUGGCAACCCGGUUCUGGCCUCUAGGCAGGCUCCGCCUUCUCUGCGCUGGACGCAGCCUCCGGCCUGGGCCUCCCAAGAUGCAGCGCGCGGGCGGGAGCAAACAAACAAUGUCAUCUAAUGAACAAGAAAGGCUCUUCUGUUAUAAUGGAGAAGUCCUUGUUUUUCGUUUGUCUAAAGGAAAUUUUGUAGAUGAAGGGCCUACAAAAACAACUGUGUUACAUGUCAGAAGAAUGGUAUUUGACAGAGGAACAGGAGUAUUUGUUCAGAAAUCCACUGGAUUCUUCAGCAUAAAAGAAGAAUACUCUCAUUUAAGAAUUAUGGGUUGCGACUGUGUUUCAGAUUUCAGAACUGGAAUUAAUCUGCCUUAUAUUAUGAUACAGUGCAUUAAAAAGAGUAACGUUUUCAGAUAUUUUCUACUAUUUCUUCACAGUACCAAUAAAUUUGAAAGGCGUUUGAGUUUUAGACUACACUGUGAGUUGAAGGACGGCAUAAGGGUCCUUAAUGGCCCUUUAGUUUUAUGGAGACAUGUCCAAACAUUCUUUUAUAUCUCUUCCCAAACUGGCAAAGUUGUUACUAUGUCCAUUAAGUUUUCCUCUAUUGAGUGGGCAGGGGAGAUUGAAAAUGUAGGUAUGGUUUUGUUAGGACGAAAGAGAUGUAACUUAUCUGAGGAAGGAUGUACCCCACAGCCUUCAAAAUCAGAUUAUGCAACUUGGAAUACUCAAUUUUGUGUAUACUCGCUCAAAAGGGAAGAAGUAAUAAAUGAUACAUACAUUAUCCCGCCUGUUUAUACCAGUGUGAUAACAUGUGUGCAUGUCUGUGCAACUGAGAUCGUCAACAACCGGUUAAGAAUGUCGCUGAUUGCUCUUACUCAAAAGAAUCAGCUGAUUUCAUUCCAAAAUGGGACUCCGAAAAGUGUGUGCCAGCUUCCAUUUGGAGAUCCUUGUGCAGUUCAACUUAUGGAUUCAGGUGGAGGAGACCUCCUUUUCGUCAUAUCCUUUAGGGCCAGUGAUGCUUGUGCUGUUUGGGAAAAGAACUUUCAGCUUGCUGCUAAGUGGGAGAAAGUUAGCUCAGUACUGAUAGAUGACUUUCUUGGAACUGGAACUGAACAAGUACUGCUACUUUUUAAGGACCCCUUGAAUUCAGAUUGCCUCAGUUCCUUUAAAAUAACAGACCUGGACAACUUAAACUAUUCAAGUGAAACACUGGAUUACAAUGAAGAUGACUUAUUUGACGGCAAAGAGAAUUAUUUGGUGGUUCCACCUCUGGAAAGAAGAUUGAAAGUUGGUUUGGUUUCUGUUCAGGAAUUACAGCAGCAUCUCUUGCUUAAGGAAAAAAUUAUUUCAAAAUCUUACAAGGCUUUAAUGAACCUGUUUCAAGGGAAAGAUGAUAGUACAUCAAGUGCAGAGGAGAAAGAAUGUCUUGUCACUCUUUGUGGUGAAGAAGAAAAUCCUGUCUAUACCUUUGAUGAAAAGUUAUCAGAUAAAUUUCAAGAUUCAGAACAGCUAGUAGAGAAGAUAUGGUAUCGUGUAAUAGAAGAUAGCUUGGUUGUUGGAGUGAAAACCACAUCUUCUUUGAAGGUGUCCCUGAAUCAUGUGACUUUAUCGCUGUCAAUGGAUCAAGCCCCUAACUCCAGCUUUCUGCUCAUUCAGUGUCAAAGUAGGGUGAUCAAGUUGAGUAGGAAAUCUUCCCCAGUACCAGGCUCAGUGCCAUAUGAAAUAGGAUCAGAGGUAAAAAAAAUCAAGUUGAGUGUUGAUAGUGAGGAAGAGGAAGAGAAAGAGGAAAGCAUUGUUUUUGUACAACCAUCUGAGAAAGAGUAUGUGCAGAUGAUUACUGCUGUAACAUCUCUUUCGCCACUUUUAGCAUUCAGUAAUUUUUGUUGCAUUGUGCUGCUACAAAUUAGAGAGAGAGAGAAUGGUAACCAUUCUGCAGCUCGUUAUGUUCAGUGUGGCAGAAUUUUGUUAAGUCUAGAAGAUCUUUCAAGUGGGAAAUACCUGCUGACAUUUCCAAAGAAGAAACCUAUAGAACACACGGAAGAUCUCUUUGCGCUUCUCGCGGCCUGGCAGAGAGCUUGUUUUCAAAUCAUAUCACCCAGCUAUGCUCUGACUUCAAUGAAGGUAUGGCUCUUAGAACACAUGGAAUGUGAAGUUAUCAAAGAAUUUCCAGAAAUUUGCUUUUGCAAAAGGCCAGGAAGCUUCUAUGGGACACUCUUCAACUGGAAACAAAGAACACCAUUUGAAGGGAUUUUAAUAGUCUAUUCCAGGAAUCAAGCAGUUUUGUUCCAGUGCCUUCAUAAUCUCAGCAGCGUUCUCCCUAUAAACAGUUUCUUCAAGUAUCUAAAAUUAGGAAGUGAGGAUUUCCUAAUUGGUCAUUUGGGAUUAGCUUUGGAGAAGGAAUUGGUUACCCUUGGUUCUUUUUCUUCUGCCUUAGUUAAGGUUGAAAGCAACUUGGUGCAGAGUUGUGAAGCAAGCAAAGAAAAGACUAGUGGUGAUGUGGCUGCCUUAUCAGACAUAGAGGAAAGCAUCCAUGCCUACAGAAAAGAACUUCAGAGAGAAAAGAAGCAAAAGUUGGGGACGAACCUAAAAGUGAGUGGUGCCCUUUACAGAGAAAUGACUUUGAAAUUAGCUGAGGUUCAGCUGAAAUCAGACCUUGCUGCCCAGAAAGUGACUGAUUUAUAA